GAAAAUGGCGGUUGUUGUAUAGAGUCUUACUGGGCCGUUUGAUUUAAGGAUGCAAAUAUAUAACAAUUGAAGAUGUUUGAAAACGUAGUUCUAUAAAGGAUAACUCACUUUGUUAUCAGAUUAUUUGAACAUAUUAUAUUUGAGGAAGUAAUAUAUAUUGAACACAUAAAAAUAAUUAUUUAUUUGACAAGACAAAAACGCGGUAGUUUAAGUGAAAGAGUGUGUAUAAGUUUAUUUGUAAAUAAUAUAAGGGUGUUAUUAAAAAUAUACAAGUGUUCAUGUUGUGAUGUUUUGUGUCGGUAGUGAUUGUUGUUAUUAUUUAUCAUAUUUCCGGCGUCAGUGAUGUGUUGCUAGGAGCUCGUAUCACAACAAUGGGUGAAACCGAAGAAUUCAAUACUUUAGCGUUCGAAAAGAAACUCACACAGCUGAAGGAUACACAGGAAAGUAUCCAGUCUCUAUCUAGCUGGUGUUUGAAACAAAGAACUCACCAUAAAAAGAUAGUUUCCAGUUGGUUGAAUGUGUUGAAGAGAGUGAAGGUGGAACAGCGACUUGUGUUGUUUUAUUUAGCUAACGAUGUUAUUCAAUAUAGCAAAAGGAAAAAUUACGAGUUUGUUGAAAGCUGGGGUCUUAAUUUGCAAAAAGCUACACCACUAGUCAGAGAUGAGAAAGUUAGACCGAAGAUAUUGAGGAUAUUCAAAAUCUGGGAACAAAGAUCAGUUUAUGAUGAUGAGUUCUUAUCAGAUCUCACAGGUCUUCUGAGUGCGGGGGCUGUUAAAAAGACUGAUGACGAUCCAUUGGAUUUUCAACCUCAACAGUUGGUCAACAAGAUAAAACAGUGUACUGUGCUAGAAGCGGAUACUCAGGUGAAAUUGAAAUGUAUUUGUAACAGUCCAUUAGAAUUGUCGGAUACGGAUGCAUUAUGUUCAAAUUUAAAAGAGAGAAGUAGCAAGGAUGACGUAGAAAAGGAACUCAAUGAAGGCAUACAAUGUGUGGAACGAUACACUCAAGCAUUACAGAGGGAAAUAGUUGCUAGAGAGGCAUUACUAGCAUUGUUGAGUUCAGCAAACCAAUACUACUCUACGCAGAGGGGAGAAGUUAAAGUUGUGGCAUAUGCAUACAAAAACUUCGGUUCCCGAGUGCGCGCUCUCAAACGCAAGUUAGAUGAAUUGUUGCCAACACUACCGAGUGCACCGUCGCCGCCGACUAGAGAUGAAGACGUACCCUCACCUGGACCGGACGAGGAUUUGGAACUACCCACCAAUGAAAAUGAAGUAUCAUACAACAUCGACCAAACCUUCAAUACAUCGGUGUCAGCUGACGGGUCCUUGUAUAACUUGGGACUAUCGUCGUUCCUCAACGAAAACUCCAUGGCUAUAUUCAAUGAAAGCCAAGCGGAUUUAAAUAUUGUUAAUAGCAGCAUACAGCCAGAUACGCUUCCGGGAUUGGACCUCCUUAAGGAAUCCAACCCUCCACCACCGACAUCAUUCUACGGGACCAUGGAAACUAUCACUAUUCCUGAUGAACCCGAUCAACCUUAUCUACCAGAAGCUGUGGUCACAAACAGUCAAUGGGCAAAUAAUACUUGGAAUGUGCCUCUUCCAGUGGCACGUAACGUGUUCGCGGAGCCCCCAGCCUCACCGCCCGUGCCGAUACGAACAGACACACAGGAUAUUUCCGCGUCUGAUCAUGAGCUUCGCAGCCGCCUGCCACCACCGCCACCGCCUCCUGUACUGCCAGGUCUUACACAUAUCGAGGAUGUAGAUCACAGGCUACUGCCAAGUCUACCUCCGACGCCCGUACCUCCGCCUAUACGUCAUUCACAUCAAGAUGUGGAUCACAGGAAUCUUAUAUCGCUGACACAACUACCUCCCAGACAUGUUAAUGUAGAUCAAGACUACCGCCUACCUCCACUGUCUCAGCCCCUGGGUGUGCCUCUCCUGCCACCUCCUCCUUCCGACAUUGUUGAGAGUGUCGAUAUGGACCUAUCAGAGGACGAAGAGCAAGGUAUGUACCAGACACAGAAUCAGAGCGAUCACAGACACAACAGCUUUAACAACAAUAAAGUACUGGUCGGUGGUGAGAAGAAGGACAACAGUAAUCUCAUACAGAUAAACGCUAAUAUAGACAUCGAGGCCCCCCACGGAACCCCCGUGGCCCCCAUGACGAACCCCUUCGACAACAUGCCCCCCCAACUACGAUACAACUUCAAUACCAACUAUCAAAAGAAUCCAGAUAACGCCGAAUAUAAUGAUGAUAUAAGAAAUCGUAACCUCGAUAGAAGAAAUCAAUCGCCUGAGUACGAAGAUUAUAAGAGUAACGAUUUCCAGGCCCCCCGGCCUUAUAUGAACCGGUUCCCGAGGAAUUGGGGGCCUCGCAAUAACUUCAGGGCCCCAUAUAAUCAGUUCAAUCAGCGCAACGGCGGCCCUCGACAACGAUGGGGCGGGCCCAGGCAAAGGUUUUGGUGAUUCUGUAGACAUCAGAUUCACAUUAAAGAUACACAGACUGAAUACAAAUAAAUAUUUAGUCUGCGCCGAUUCUGAUUAAAGAUAUGAUUAUUAUUAUUUUUUUCCUAUAUUAAGAUAGAUCAUAUAUAGAUUGUAAAUUUUUCUCGGUAUAUUUGUCUUAGAGUUAUAAUUUAAAUAAAGCAUAAGAAUGUA